GCAGAAAAGAUUUCGUCCUCUUUGAACAGUUGGCAAAAAAUUUAUCUUCGUUCUUUUUCCGUCUUCUUUACCUCCCGCAAAAUCUUGAAAAGCAUGUCCAUAACUAACUUUGAUCACUAACCAGGAAAAAGAUAUCUGAAAGUUUACCCGCCCUAAAAACACGAAUGGCAACCGCAACGAGAACCAUAACACUGCUCUCUGGUAACCAAAUUACCUCUCACAAAUCCAAACAUACCCUUUUCUCUUCUCUGGCUCUUCCACCUACUUGCACUGCCUUCACCUCUCAAACCCGCUGCGUGACCCGACAAUCCUCAACUUAUGGUUCCGUUGUGGGUUUACUAGGGGCGGGUUUAGCGUUGACUGUAAUGGGACCUGCCUCAGCUGCCGAGUUACCUUUGCUAGGUCAACUCACUGAACCUGCCAACGCACUGUCUUUGCCCACCUGGGCUAUACACGUUUCCAGUGUUGUUGAGUGGAUUACCGCAAUGGCUUUGGUGUGGCAAUAUGGGGAGAAAUCCGGUUUUGAAUCUUGGAAGGGCCUCUCUUGGGGUAUGGUGCCUCUGCUCGGUGGAGCAUUUUGUGCAUGCACAUGGCAUUUCUUUUAUAAUUCCGAGUCUCUGGAGGUAUUGGUGGCUCUUCAAGCAGCACUGACAGUAAUAGGUAAUGCCACAAUGUGUAUUGCUGCAUACCGUAUAUACAAAUCAACGAAGGAACGUCCUGAGAAUCUCUGAGAGUUUCCAAGUCUGUAAGCCAUUUUUAUGUGCCAGGAAAUGCCCUUUUAUAUCAGUUAUUUAAUGGCAAGGCCAUAUGAACCUGAAACUUCCUUGAACUUGGCCCAAAAGGAUGGCGGUGCCGGUUGUUCCAACUUAGCCAUGAUUGUCUUUUGACAUUGUAGAAGGAAGGUUACAAGAACAAAGAAAGGAAAUAGAAGAAGCUAUUUGGAUUUAUUGCUAAUAAAGGCUGAAUUGCAAAUCCCUCCAUUGGCAUUGAAAAAGAUAUUGCAAUAAUAAUGACCAUUGAGAGUGACAUACUAACAUAUUAGGCCUUCUUGUUUCUUGAACCUCUGUCGUAUGGAGAAAGUUUUAGCUAACAUUUACUAUUUCUUGUUUUCUAUUUUGUUGGUUGCUUUAAGUUAAUCUGAUGGAGAAAUUUUCAAUUGCAAAAACCCUUUUUACAUGAA